UGGCGGCGCCCGGCGCCGGGACCGACAGACGCGGCGGCCAACGGGAAGGGGAGCGCCGCGGGACCGCGGGGGUGUCUCGGACGGGCCGUGGGGCCAUGGCCGGGAGCAGGAGGAGCGUGUUCUUGGCGAAACUACUGAAACGACUCUAUGGUGAAACUUCAUCAUCUUCUCUUGUUCAGACUUCAAGUAGAGAAAAGGAGGUGGUUCUUGAAAAUCCUCACUCAAAAUCUAAAGAAAAGAAUUUGGAUAAUGUCCAGAUUUCAUCAGCAGAUGCUAGCACAUCAGCUAAUACACCCUGCGAAUCAUUUCAAGAUAAGGAUGCUACAGUUAUGUCUCCAAGAAGAGUUUACACUGUGGAUCUUCCUCCAGAGGGUUAUGUUGCAGUUACUCCAGAUGCUCUUAGUAAUGCAGUUUCUGAAAACUCUGGCAGUAGUGCUGACUCAACAGAAGAGGAAUAUCAAGGGCAAACCAAGAGAAAGCGCAUUCGAAGGAAGAAACAAAAGAGCAGUUCACAAAUCUCUAGUAAUUUCCUUGGAGAACAAACAGAUUUGGGAAUGCAAGAGACUGUUGUUCAAGAUAAUUUACAGCUGCAGCAAACAGACGGUCCCAAAAUAAGCAAAAACAAGAAGAGGAAAAUGAAAAAGAAGCGACAGAAAGAAAAAAAGAGAGCAGCUGGCUUAGUAACAAAAACUACCAGCGUGGAUUUUACAUAUCAGCCUGAGAAAAGCAACAAAGAAGAAGCAGCAGGCUUAAAAGACAUAGGUGAAAAGGCAGAUAGCAUUCUGGACUUCCUGCAGGCAACACAACAAAUUUAUUUUACUGACAAGAAAUCACAAUGCAGAGAUGCUGCUGUAAAUUCAGCAACUGUCCAAGAGCUCUUACAAUGUCUUGAACUUCGCACCAUCUCUUCCUCAGAUGUGACUCAUCUGCAUCAGCUGAAAUCCCUUGUAUUGCUACAGGAUACUGAGAGAUUGAAGGAUGCUUUGAAACAAUUCCAAGAACAAUCUAUGAUGUCUCCUGAUCAUGCCAAGGUAGCCACAUCUCUGUUUCACUACUGGAUUACAGAUAUACUUCCUGUGAAGAACAGGAAAUAAAGCCUUACCCAUGUGUCCAUAUGCACAGGAUUAAAAUUUAAUAUACAAACUCUUAACCAAGUAGCAAUUGUUCAGGAAGAGCAGUGGCAAUACACUUUCUACACCUUCAGGUAAAUGAACAAAAACUACAAAAGACAGUGAAGGCAAAUGAACAAAAACUCCAGAAGACAAUAAAGGUAUGACUACAAUGUGAAUUUUGUCAUGGGUUGAUCAAGAGUAUGGCCUGAGUCUUCAGCUGCAUUAAUAUGUGCAUUUCACUUUAGGAUAAAGGACUUGACUGGAAUGAUAAAGUCUCUAUCUGGUAUUUUGUUUAAGAAGUAUAGUGUUAUUUUUUUUUUUUUGUUUGUAAGUUAUUAUUCCUUUCUGGAAGUUAUAUUUCUUGACUUUUUUGUAUAUCUGCUUGCCUGGAAAACAGAAUUAUAUUUUUUUAUAUUUAAACCUAAGCAACAUUAUGUCUGAGAAAUGUAUUUUUGCUGAAUAAACUGCUAAAUUGUGGACAUAAAUAUGUUUCUAUAUGUGUGUCAUGUGGGUCAUGUAGUUCCUGGUUGGGAUUAUGCAGAAACUUGGAUGGCAUUUUCAGAACUAGUCCAUGGCUCAGCCUGUUACAAUCCAAUGGGUUUCACUGACUACAGAGUUAUGGUACUGGGUCCUCUAUCCCUGACUACUGUGUAAUCUGUCUACUGCUGUAUAAUAUUUCUGCAAUUGAAUGUAUCCAAGUGUAGAUGCUACAGUAACAUCCAUGGUUGUAAAAUGUUUUGGAAUAAUGAAGAAAGAAGUGCUUUGUGAGAGGCUCUUCUCUCAACUGUAUCAUUCAUCUGACAGGUAAUAACAGCCAACCAAGUCUUAUAUCUAGGUGUGUUAACUUUGUCAUCAGUAAGAUAGGGGCAACAUAUUUAGCUUUUCCAACAUGUGCUUGGAGAUACACUGCUGAUGAGACUACAAACAUUGCAUGGGGUUUUUUGCUUUGUUUUUUCUGUUUCAUUCUAUUGCCUGAUAUAUCCUGUUGCAAGGCAUUGGUUUAAUGAUGCUCAAAAUUUUUAACAAAAGUAAAAUCAUAACUUUUUCUCAUUAAUUGAAGAAAUUUAAAGGGGUUUAGUAAUACACCAAAUGAUUGCAGCUGCAGAAAAACCAUUCUUAUGGCUAAGGGAGCUUUGUGCAGCUCUGAAGAACCGGAGUUUGGUUUGUAUCUGGCAGGAAAGGUAUAUAAACCAGACUUUGCAGAGGAGAAACUAGUACUGUGCUCCCUGUUUUAAUGUUCCCAAAUUGCUAACACAUAGGCAUUGAACUGUAGCUGUGACUUUUCACUGAGGUCCUGUGUGCCUCAGUCCCUCAUCUGGAGAAAGAAGAAAACAUCACUUGAAUGUGAAGCACCUAGAUACUCUUCUUAACUGACUGAUGGGAAAUGAAUCACUUCAUCCUUCAUCCUCACUUUAAGGUUUGAAUUCAUGCAGUAAAUGAGGCCCAGAAAUUGCAAAAAAGGAUACACAGCGACUCAUUAGGCAAACAUCAUCUGUCCUGAACACUGAACAUGAUAAAAAUGAGCAAGGUCAUGUGAUCAAAGACAGACUUUUGAAACACAAGUACAAAAGAGAUCAAAUUAGGACCACAAAGAUAACUGUAGUGUCUGCAUUUCCUGAUACUUGAGUGACUAUGCUGAGGGGUUAUAGGGCUGCUGCCUUGAGUAAAUCCCAGGACUUGGCAAUUCCUCCUCUUUGUCCUCUGGAUUCCAGGUUAGUGUACCUGGAGGUGUGGAUGUCAGUGUAGGUGACUCAUUUCCAGGCAGGUUUCCACAUUUCCAGGUUCUGUCAGUAGCAGUGCUCAAGCACAUAGCUCAGGGGCACACCCACAGCACUCACAUGGCUGACUACACUCCCUUUGAUCCCUUGAAUGGCAGCACAGCCUCUCUCCUAUCCCUGCCUGGGUCCUGGGCCCUCUUGCCUGUUCUGUGGCUCUCCUGCACACCUCCUGCAGUCCAGCCUGGAACACACUUCCACACGUUCACACACUCAUCUCACAGGCACUUGUGCACUCAUGUCACAGCCUUGUUUAUUGCUUUGAUUUCUCUUACUAUUUCUCUUUCAGUGCUUGGCUUUUUCUCAUAAUCACAGAAUGGUUUCUAUUUCUCAUAAUCACAUAAAGGUCAUCAAGUUCCAGCCCCCCUGCCAUGGUCAGGGACACUUUCCACUAGACCAGAUUUCUCAAUAUUAAAGUGAUUUUUAAAAUUCAACUGAAUUUUGAAUAUUUGCAUAUAGAUGAACAGAUUUUGAUAUCUUUGUCAAACAGAAAUAUUUUCACAGAAUCACAGAAUGGGUAACAUUGGAAGGGAUCCCCACAGCAGGAUCAUCUGGUGCAGCCUCACUGCUAAAGCAGGGUAAAAUUUUGUACUAUUCCAGUGAGUAAAAGUUCACAGGUCAAAAAAAUACUUUGCUUGAACCAGGAAAUAAUGCAUAAAAGAUUACUUUUGAUCUCUCUUUUUUUCCCUUUGCUUUCACCACUGUAAGAGCCUUAUAUUCUGUGCACAAAUCAGCUGGCCCCAGCUAAGCAAGCCCAGGAGCAUUGUCUGAGCGUUGUCAGUUAGUCAGCGAUACCUGGUGUCUUUGCAAAUGACCUGUGAUAGGAGCUGAAUCUUAGACUUACCAAACCUGCCACAGUUGCACUAACAGGGAUUAUGAAGAGGUUAAAGUAUGCUAAGAGUUUAGAAAAUUGACCAAAUUCAAGAAGAUAAAUUGUAGAUUGUCAUUGGAGAUAAAUGCAAUUGCAUAAGUGUAUUUGUUUCUGAAACAAAUGUGUCAGUGGUGUGCUGAACUGCAACAUGCAUGAAGACACUUAAAAGCAAUGCACAAAAGAACACAGCCGAAAAAUCUAGUUUAAAACAAAAGAAAUGGACGUUACUCAUCAUUUAAAUUAGGCAGUCUACUAAAAAUGGUAGCAGGUGCAUAUUUGACAUUCUAUUUGCAGUCUAAAGGAUUUCAUACAUCACAGUUUUAAUACCUAGUCACCCUUCUGCACUGCUUCUCUAAAGAAAUGGUGCUCAAUCUCCUUACAGUUUCUCAGGUUUAUUGAAGCAGUGGUAUCACAAUGUGGCUGAGAUAUGAAAACUGAAAAAUUUAAAUUAAUAUCCACUCGUGAACAUUGUUUUUCAUUCCACUAUACAUGGCGCCUUCAACGUAGCAAUGAAAGAUUUCUCCCUUUAGAUUUUCAUGCUAAACUUAAAAAUGGUAAAAGAUAUGGCUUCGAAUUUUUGCUUCUCCAGCAUCACUCAGUUUAAUGAAUGUGCUGCAGCAUGUGGAAUUACUGAAACAUGGAAGAGUUUUUUAGAUGGAUUUUGCCUCAGAAUACUUCCGGCUAAACUGCACAUACACUAUUAUUAGCAUAUUUCAAACUUCCCUGAAGACAGAACUUUAAAAUUUUGGGUUUAAAACCUGCAUGGAUCCCAAGAGUAGGAAGAAUUUAAGGAUCAAGUGGAAAGCAAUCUGCAUGUGUCUUCAGGGGUUAACUUUCUAGUUUACAUUAUUGAGCAGUGCACAGUCAGCAAGGAGCAGCAGCACAGUGGGACAGAAGCGUGCUCAGAGAGGCAGUGGUCCCUUGCCAGCAUGUACAAGGAAGAGCACAGGGGCUUAAGUCACUUGAGACAUCUGUAGUGGUUUAUAAGCUGGUCAGUGCACUUGUAUGCAAGGGUAUGAGUGCAAAGCCUUUAUCUCUAUAUAUAGGUACAUGCUUUAUUCUUAAAAUUGCCUGCAAGACCUUAAUUUUUCUCCUUUGUGGAUAUAUAAUUUGGGAAUCAAUCUCUAAUGUUACAGAUUUUUACUGCUUUGUAAUUGGUGCAAUAUUUUAGGUAGUGCUUUACAAUCAUGUAGAGUUAUAAAUUCCAUAAUGUGUUUUCCAUGACAGCUGGCUUUACUCUCCUGCUCCCAUGUAGGGAGUUACUACUCAAUAGGCUGAAUGUCUGAAAUGACACUGGGUGGGGGGGGGAAAUUUCAAAAAAACCCCAAAAAACCCAGGAAGGAAAAAGUGGUGAAUGGCAGCAUGUAAACAAAAGAAUUUGAAGCUUUCACCAAAGAAAACUUAUUUCACCUACUAAUAAAACCAUGUAUAUCAGAAAACCAGUCCAUAGAUGUGGAAUGGAAAGAGAUGUGUGUUAUGCAUGUACAGUAUGCUACACAUUUGGCAUAAUAAUAGAAAGUGGUAGUGCACAAGAUGGCAAUCUGUAGGAUUGGGAAAAUGUAUUAUAUUUAGGGAAACCUCAGGUUUUAGCUAUGCAUGUUUUGUAGUUAAUUGCAUCAGCCCUGGGUUGCUCCUAAGGAGGGCUGUGUUGCAUGUGUUUAUGCAGCUAAUUAAGCUUCACUUUUUACUGCUUUAUUCUCUGCAUUGCAUCUGAGUAAAUUUUGUUUGUUGUUUUAAACUGUUCAAUGUAUGCAGGCCUAAGGGGAGGGGGGGACAUAGGUAUUUUAGAAAAGCAGAAAUUUAGAUGCUGUAUUUGUUUACUGUCACUAAGAAUCUAGGAAAAAAAACAUAUAUUCUAUGAUUAUUUGAAACUGCAUAUGCACCGUAGUCAGUGAAGGUCAAAUAUAUAGCUUUAAUAAGGCUAUUCUCUAAGUUGAGUGCUUAACUUUGCAUAAUUAAUAGUCUGUAGUCAUUUUAAUGCACUCCAUACUCUAGUAAAGUGUAUAAGCAAGUUGUAGUUCUCUUUUACAUUAUUACUGCAAGGCUACAUCCUGUUUUAGGAUAUAUAAUGGACAGAAAAGAAGUGUAAUCUAAGAUUGAAGAGGAGUACACAAAAACAGAAGGAACUUUUCUUUUGCAUCAACUCUAGGCUGCUAUAGGUUGCAUCAAAUAGGGGCUGCUUUUCUUCACUUUCAAGGUCUUUGCUGUUCCUCUCCAUCCCUCAUUCAGUGCACAGAUGAUUCCUUCACCCUGCCAGCCCCUGGUAUGAAUUUCCAUCAGCCAUUUGCCAUACUUUCAGAUUUGCACAUUUGUGCUUUUCCCCCACCGUGCUUUCCACAACUGUACAGCACAAUCUUUCCAUUGUCUUCCUUCCCUUCUUUAAUGCUCUGUUUUGCUGUGAUCCUGCCCAAAACCUUGGCCAAAACCCCAAGCCUGGUCAGUAAGGUGCUAGGACAACUGCCUGUUGUGCUGACUAAUGUUUCCUUACUGUCUAUGUACUCCUACAUCAAUCUCCCUGUUGUCUCUGCUGUUUCCUCCUUUCCUAAAUCAGCAGAGUUUGAUGCAGGUUUGCCCUGCUGCACAGCACCAGUGCAGCCAGUUCUGUCACCUCUGAGAUGACAGGGUGCUCAGGAAAUGCAGUAGACCUGUCUACAGUGGAGAACGUGCUUGAACUUGUGGGCAAGGCUGCUGAGAGUUUAAAGUGGCUUCAUAAUUUCACAUUGUGCACUUGAUGAGUCUGGUAAAAUGGGGAGCUGGUUCUCCCCAGCAGUGCUUUGGAGGCAAUGUUCUUCUUCAUCUUGCUAAGGAGAGCUUGGAGGCAUGCAGUCAUUCCUCCUGACUUCAGAUGUCUACAGUGCAGCUUUUACCUUCUGAGCUGUCUAUCCUAAAGAACUUCCUAAUCACUGGGAUUAAAUAGCUGGAUAUAACUGACUGCUGCUAGACAUCUACUUUAGAAUUGGAACAGUGAUACCAAUGGGACAACUUAGUGCUUCAUGUUGACUGGUAUGAAAGCAUAAAUAGGUUAGUCAUGAAAACAUCUGCAUUGCAGGCAUCUGGGUCUGGUUAAAAAGAAAAAGGAAUGAAAAAAAGAUCAUUCACUGCAACUGAGGAAAGGAAUGUGCAUGUUGCAUGGCCAAAAUAUCACUUACUCCUGACACAAGCUCUCUCAGCUUGUACAGGGCUGUGAGCCCCUCUCCUUUAUGCUUUCAUGUCUUUUUGUGGGAAGCUACUGCCUGGGAAUGGUAAAAAGGGAAGGGAAAAGAAGAGUAAGGAGCUGUUGUACAGCUGUGCCUGGAGUUCACCCAACACAAGCUGAGGAGAUGCUGCUCCUGUUCUUCUUGUUCUCUUUGUGCAUGUGCACAAAGCCUCCACCAUUUCUCAAGCAGACUCAGUAAAAGUUUGCUGUGUGAUUCAUUCCUCCUCCCAGUGAUAAUAAUCAAGUGGAAGUGACUAUAAAUGCUCAAAGAAAGAGUAACCAUUGCUAGGAAUAUCAAACUGAUCAACCAUUACCUGGAUUCUACAGAAGGAAUCAAUACCAAAUAUGGUUUCUUGAGAAUCACAGGUGUAAUCACUGAACUCUGUCGGCAUAAUGAUAACUGUUUGAUCUCUGGCAUGUGGCUUAAAAUGAAGGUCAUGUUCAAAUCAGAUUGGAAUUCAGGGAAAGCUGCUUGGCUUAUUACCAUGGCUAUGGUGCUGGAUUCUAUUUACAUUAGUAAACAGUUUAAAAUACUUGACAUGUUAUUCAAUUAAAUCUGUGAUUGCAAGCUGACAGACCAAAGUUCAUUGAUUUUUCCAACCACAUUAAACUAAGUACAUGGCACAGUGUUUCAUUUAGCCUGUCUGCUUAACCCUUUCACCUUGAUUCAAUUACCCAGAAUAAAAUUAAUGUGUAAAAUGUUAAAUAACUCCAAAUUUCUAAAUUAGAAGGUAUUGCAAGAAUAUAUUAAUCUCUGUGGCUUCUGACAUACAUUUAUUACUGUAUGAUUUACAAUUUGCUAUGGAUCACAUUGUUACCCAGAUGGCAAAAGUCAGUCAGACCGUUUUUUCUCUAUACUCAUUUGGUAAAUUGAUAGAUUUGUGGAAAGUAAGACUGAAAAGGACAUGAGAUUAUCUUCUCUGACCCAUCUAGAUCUCUGGUCAUAAAUUUUCCCUUUGCUGCAGGGUGAAGACCAGUCUGACAAAGGCACAAUUUGUGGUUUUUGCUAAAGCAAGUCAUGUACAGAGAUGGGCCAGCUUGAUUUAAGGAUAUCAAGGAAUGAAGACUGAGCUCCUUCUUUAGUCAUUUACUCCAGUACUCAAUCACUUAGAAUCAUGUGCCUUAUUUUAAAUUUCAGUUUGUCUAGAUUUAACUUUCAGCCAUUAGUUCUUGGUAUGCUUUUCUUCACUAGAUCAAUUCGUCCCUCACUACUUUCUGUGAAAGUUUUUGAACCCUGUAAUCAAGCUACAAGACAACCUUCUUUUUGACACUGUAACUGUUAUCUCUUUAUUUGAUUUAAUGCAUUUUCUAUAGCUUCCAGCUUGGUUUUGUGGCUCCCUCAUACAUUCUCUCAAUUUUUUCCAACCAUUUAAGAAGCAAGCCUGCUGGAACUGAGCAUAGAAAGUUAGCAUUCAUUUAAAAUCUCAGAAGUGCCAACUUUUGUACUCACUGUUUCAUUGGUUUUGGAUCAACCCCUUGACAUAGGAUUGUAUAGGAAGACCAUGUUCAAUUAUUUUUAAUAGUAGACAAGUGCUCAUGAGAUUUAUUGCUUUCCAGGAUUUAGUCCUUGGUUCCAUACUUGAUGUUUGUAAAUGUUAGUCUUUCUGUUUGGAUGUAUUAACUUCAAUUUUUUUCAGUAUGUGUAGAUUAGUAAAUGAUGGAUCAUUUCAUGUGCCUGUACUGCUUUCAUUAGUAUUGACUAUCUGCUAAUCUUCAUGGCAUCUGCAGAUUUUACCAGCAAUGAUUACAUUUUCUUCCAUAUCAUCAGUAAACAUGCUAAACAUGCUCAUUCCUAGUAUUAAUAUUCAUGGGAUUCAGAGAGAAAUAACAUUAUUCAGUCAUGACUCCAUAUUUGUACCUUCUUUUUGAAAACAGAAAACUGAAAUAAUUGAGUUGAUUUCUAAUGUAUUUAUUACAUUAUGUGCUUUUGUUUUGGUCAGAAAGUCAUGUGGCACUAGGUGUAAUAGUUGCCAACAACUGAGGUUUCUUCAGUUUUGUACAAAAACAUGACUUAAUGUUUUUCAGAUAAGGAUAAGAACCCAAACUAGAGACACUGCACAAAAAACCUCUAAAAUUGUGUUUUAUAAUAUGUUUAGGGGGAAGCAAACAAUUGAAAAAUACUCAAAGUAAAUAGUCUCUCAAAUUUAUCUUAGGUGUUUUCAAUUUGUUGCUCUGCAGGGAAUGAUUUGCAUUAGUUAAGAAUGAUGGUUGUGUAAGAUUCCUCACUUUUAAACAUCAAGGGAACAUUCUUAUUUUUUCUACCUUUUCCUGCAAGAUGUGAUCCACAGUUUCAGUUACAAAGGUGUCUAUUGUUUGUAUUAUCUGUUGUGUUGUAUUUCUUCUGGCUGGUAAUUGAGGAAAGAUCCCUGCAACGAGUUCAUUAAGUGCUGAUGAAUAAACCAGAUUUGA